UUAUAGUUUAUUCUAGUUAUGUUUAUUUCAGAACAAAGGAUCGGUUUUGACUUCCAAAAGCUUUGGCUCACAGAGACACAAACUAAAGAUUCAAGGGUGAGGAGAAUGACUGUCGAGGAUAGAGAGGUUUUACGAGAGGUGUGGGAGGGACGGAUACCAACAGUAUUCAAUCUUGCACAGGAGGAUAUUCAGGAUAAUGAAGCCCCUGAUCCGUUCUAUCUGCUCAUUCCUCGUAUGUCCUACCUACCCCUGGCUACUGUUAAGGUAAAAAAAUACUUCUCAAAGUAUGUUGGAACGGAUGCUAGCCAGGAUUCUAAUAUGGAAAUAUGGUUCGAUUAUAAAGGAACUCCUUUAAAAUGGCAUCAUCCAAUUGGAGCUCUCUUUGACCUAUUCAAGGGAGGAAACUUGGAUAAUGAUGAAGGACUCCCUUGGAGCCUAAAUAUUCAUUUUUCUAAUUUUCCAAUCCAAGAUCUCGUUCCACUCACCUCCAGUGAAAAUGUGGAAUCUCAUUUUAUGUCGAAUAUAAAGGAAGCCGAUCAGUUGAAGCAUGCUGGACGUGUUGUAUCAACUAUGCAGAAGAAAGAUCAUCUUCAACUGUGGUCAGGUUUGCAGAAUGACAAGUUUGAUCAGUUCUGGGCAAUUAACAGAAAAUUCAUGUUUUCCGGGGAGGAGAACUUCAAACACAUUCCUAUUCGGUUCCUGCAGCAAAGUAAUCAGAAUGUGAUUCAGAAACUGGUAAAACCUAUCAGUGAUUCUACAGGAUCUCUUCUAACAUUCCAGGAACUAAAACAGUUGUACUAUCCUUCAUCUACUCUUCUUACUCAGGGUGUAGUACCUGCACCUGAUACUCCUGUUCAAUGGCUCUCUCGGCAUCUCUCUUACCCAGACAAUUUCCUCCAUAUAAUUGUACACCCGGAGUAAUAAAUACUAAUGUUUAUGUACAGUUUUACAGCUGUACGGUACUACCAAACAGAUGUACACUAAAAGCUUUUAUUAUGCUGUUGUCAUUCUUUUUUAGCAACAGAUUCAAAUGCAUUUUAUUCCGUGAACAGCUUAUAUUGAAGUUUAUUACGACAUUUUCAGAUAUUUUUUAUUCAUCUGAAAGAGACUGUCGACGAUAUUUUAAGUGACCAGUCCUUAAAACAGUACAACAGUACACUUCAAAUCUAAAUUACGUAGAUAUCGUUUUCCUAUCUAAUCUUUAAAAAAAUUGUUUAAUAUCAGGCCUGUAGAUUUUAAAAUGCAGGUCGCGUGAAACUACGCCAACAGUCCCUUUAAGUAAAUUGUUGUAAGGCAAAGUUUAGGUUUCCUUGUGAUAUUUAUUUAUUCUAAUUUCA